CUAAUUUGAUAUUUUAUAAACUGAGUUAGACAUACCUGUUUCUUUUUUAUGCUUAAUGCAUCAAAGUUACAUGUAGAUGGAAAGCCAUGAUCUGGUAAAAAACAAAGUAAAAACAUACAUAUAUGAUGGUAAAUUGUGAAGAUUUGAAAUAUAUUCUUUAUAUAGUAUUAUUGGAGUUAAAAAGCAGAUUAUUGGUGGAAAAUUAUUGUUGUAGCAUUUGUUUGAGUGGAAACAGCUGUUAAUAUAUUGUUAGUCCACAUUUACAUUUUUCAUACUGGUGUAUAGUUUAAAGUCAUAUCGUAUCUGCUUUAAAUGAGAGGGUUAGUUUCUAUAAAAUUAAAAAGUGUGCAGUUCGUGAGACAAAAUUGAAAGAGACAGACUUAAAUUAUGUAAAAACCUAUGACGAACAUUGUCUUGACGAAUUAUUUGACAUGGAUAUACCUGAAGGUGUGUUUUGUAAGUCAACAUAGAUAAAAUUUACAUUCAAGAUAUUACACUGCAUGACUGUAUAAACAAAGCAUCCAACCAGAUAUAUUUCAACAUGUUGAAUUCUUCAAAUUAUACGGCUUUUGUGAAAGGUCACAGGAGAACACCAAGUGAAGAUGAAUUCAAAGAUUUAAUACGCAGAGAUGCACAAGGCGCCAUGAAUAAAGAAUUAAUGAAAUUAUUACAGACAGCACAACCUGGACAACAGAAUCAAAUAAGAAAAGAAUUUGACAGUUUUGAGGCAUUAUUUUCUCGUUUUUUAAGAGAGACAGGUCCAUCUGUAGUAUGGGAAAAGAUCAAACUAUUACAAGAUGAUGCUACUAAACGCUAUGGUGCUUUACCCAGUCCAGAGACAGCUAAAACCAAAGAAUUAUUGGAUCAGCUGGUUGUUGUUAAAUUAAAUGGUGGUCUAGGUACCAGUAUGGGUUGUACAGGACCAAAAAGUGCUAUUAGUGUUCGUAAUGAAUUAACCUUUUUGGAUAUGACAGUACAACAAAUUGAGCAUUUAAACAAGACAUAUGGAACAGAUGUACCAUUAGUAUUAAUGAAUUCCUUCAAUACAGAUGAUGAUACACAAAAAAUCCUUAGAAAAUAUGGACAAGUCAAAGUCAACAUAUUCACAUUCAAUCAAAGCAGAUAUCCAAGAUUAAAUAGAGACUCUUUACUUCCCAUUUGUACGAAUUUCGGACCUGAAAGUGAAGCGGGAUGGUACCCACCUGGUCACGGAGAUGUUUAUGUGAGUUUUUAUAACUCUGGUUUGUUAGAUUUAUUCUAUAAAGCUGGCAAGAAAUAUGUUUUUAUCUCAAAUAUUGAUAAUUUGGGAGCUACUGUUGACUUGAAUAUAUUAAACUUUUUAUUAACUACUGAAAAUGGUACUGCACCAGAAUUUGUAAUGGAGGUUACAGACAAGACGAGAGCUGAUGUUAAGGGUGGUACAUUAGUAGAAGUUGAUGGUAAACUCAGAUUAUUGGAAAUAGCACAAGUACCAAAGGAACAUGUGGACGAAUUUAAAAGUGUUAGUAAAUUUAAAAUCUUUAACACUAACAAUUUAUGGAUAAGUUUAGAAGCUAUAAAACGUAAUGUUGAAGAGAAGACGUUACACAUGGAAAUUAUUGUUAAUCCAAAGACAUUAGAUAAUGGUGCAAAUGUAAUACAGUUAGAGACAGCUGUUGGUGCAGCUAUUAAAAGUUUUGAAGGAGCUUUGGGUAUAGUUGUACCUAGAAGUCGUUUUUUACCAGUAAAGAAGACAUCUGAUUUAUUACUAGUUAUGAGUAAUCUAUAUUCUAUGAGAACUGGUGCUCUAGAGAUGAGUCCUAGAAGAUCUUUUCCUAGCGUACCUUUAGUAAAGCUAGGCACUCAUUUUAACAAGGUAAAAGAAUUUUUGUCAAGAUUUCAGAGUAUUCCAGAUAUGUUAGAAUUAGAUCAUUUAACUGUGUCUGGUGACGUGACAUUUGGUAAAGGUGUUUCAUUAAAGGGGACUGUUAUUAUUAUUGCUAAUCAUGGUGAAAGAAUUGACAUACCUGCAGGUGCUAUCUUGGAGAAUAAAAUUGUAUCUGGUAAUUUACGAAUAUUGGAUCAUUAGUAUUAAGUUUUAUAUAUAUAUUAUUGAUUUUAUACUGGUUACUUUCUUGUACCAUACUGUUUUAUGUUAUAUAUCUAUAUAUAUAUCUACAGGGCUUAUAUAUAAUCAAUCAAGCAAUGUAUACUACACUACAUCUGUAUAAUUCUUUACAACUGUAUAAUAUUCUUUACAACUGUAUAAUUCUUUACAAUUGUAUAUAAUUUAUGCAAACUAUAUACAUGUAUAUUGCUGUGCAAGUGUAUAAAUAUAAAUGUCACAUCACUCUUUAUUCUGAAGGUUAUUUGAGAUCCUCACAUAAUUUCAUGAAAUCCUAAAAUAAACAUCUUGGAGCCCACAUAUAUGGAGUUGGAAUGUUAACUCUCGGGAUCAUGAAAAUAAUUAUAUUCGGGGCCCUUAUUCACGAAAACUUAAACUAAGAUACAAUCAAAAUUUUAAGAAAUACUGCAAUUCGAUUGGCUGACCAGUAAAAUCAAUUUGCAUAUAUCCAAUAAAGUUGCAGUAUUUCUUAAAAUUUUGGUUGUAACUUAGUUUAAGUUUUCGUGAAUAAGGGCCCUGAUCACUUGGGUGCUUGCCAGGAUUUUGAUAUGGUUAUGCUUGGAUCCUGAAAAAAAUCUUAAUCUCUUGCUGUAUUCAAGGGCUGUUUGCACAGCUGUGGAAUAGUAUCUAUUUUAUUAGUUGAUGGUAAUUAAUCUGAGUAUUUAAUGACUCAAAUUGAUCAGAAAGCUGCUAUUUUCUGUUCAUUGUUCAAUUGUGAUUGACAAUUUGCUAGGAAUCUUCCUUUUUAUUGAAUGUACUUACCAGGUAUUACAAAUUUUAAAUCAUUCCUCACAUUCGUACAGUGCUGUACUUUUACCAUAUCAUAUAAACAAUUAAUAUUACUAAUAAAUAGAAUUUGUUGUUUAUAUUAUGUAGUAGUAGUAGUAAUUUGUUUAUUAUAGUGUAUCACACUAUCAUGAUGGUUGUAAUAGCUGGUUGAACUAUAUUUUAAUAUCUGUUACAUUCAGAUGAUCCACUAUUUGGAUUUGUUAACUUUUAAAUUGUGGGAAUACUUUAUCUCUAAAGUUUGCAUAUUUUUGUUGAUUUUGUGAUAUUAGCUAUGAAUUGAUUAUUUUGGUGUUAAAAAUUAAAAUGGUGAUAUAAAUAAAGGGGAUAUGUUUGUAGUUAUUUGCUUGGAUUGUUGUUAACACCUUUGCUUGAUUAAUUUGCAAUAUAUUUGGUGUGAAUAAUUAUAUUUGGCAUGUGUACUAGUAAAUGAUUUAUAAUAUGUUAUAUUCAUAAUAAAACAUGAAAACUCA